UUUAUUUCUAAAAGACCCAACCGGAAGCAGCACCUGGCGCGGGUCUCUGCAGCCUUCUUGUCGCGGAGCUUCUUCCCUCAAACGGUCCGAGGGCGCAGACAUGAGCGACCACGACGAGGACCUCGGUGCAUUUGACCCCAACAUACCAGAGGAGGGCCCUGCAGCGCCCCCUCCUGGCUGGCUGGAUGUCAUACAUGGAUACCAGGGCCACAAAGGAGGAGAGGAUGACAACCCGUUGUAUCCGCCCCCCCCUGCCUACACCCCCCAGCCUGAACUCAACAAGAACACUUUGGUGCCCGACGUCAGGGUCCCCAUGGUGUCGGAGGACGUGGCCCGAGACGCCCUGCUCAAGUUUGUGGAAUCAAAGUGGAGGUACAGCUCCAAACCCGCCAGGAACCUGGUCUUCAAAGAGCUGAAGCCCAUCACGGUGUACCGGUAUCGACUGGAGUCCUACACCGAGACCAGGACCAGCGCCUGGCAGUUUGAACCCUACAACGCAGGUCAGGUGGUGGAUGGUCCUCAGUACGGGGCGAGUCCUCCACCCUGGGACGUCCCCAUGACGCUGCCCCAGAUCUACAGCGACCGCGUGGAGAAGCUCCGCGUGCCGCACUCGUCCCUCGUGAAGCUGUGUCACAAGUGUAACGGCUGUGGAAGAACCCGCUGUGGAACCUGCCAUGGGAGAGGCCGGAAGCGCUGCACGUUCUGUCACGGUAACGGGCGCUCCAGGAACAAGCGCUGCACCUCGUGCCACGGCCGGGGCCGCAAGAGGUGUACCUUCUGCCAGGGCCACGGCUACCGGACCUGCACCGUUUGCCACGGCAGCCAAAACCUGCUGCACUUCAUCCUGCUCACCGUGACGUGGAAGAACGACAUCAGCGACUUCAUCCCGGACCGCCAGCCCGACUUCCCUGACAAGAAGUUUGAGAUGGUGACCGGAGAUCCUUUCUUUGUGGAUGAGAGCCUUCUGGUGUACCCGAUCCAGGGGUUCCCCGAUCAGGAGAUCUGCGACGUUUCUACCAAACUGAUUAACGAACAUCUGCAUCGCUUUCGAUCCACCAGCCGCAUCCUGCAGCAGCGUCAGACCAUCGAGCUGGUGCCUCUGACUCUCGCUCGCUACGCCUACAGCGGGAAGGACCACAGCUUCUACGUCUACGGGGUGGAGAACAAAGUGUUUGCCUCCAAGUACCCCUCAGCCUGCUCCAUCCUAUAAGACACACACACACACUCAUCCUCACUGUGUGUGUGUGUGUGUAGCGUCACACACACACAGGGGAGUCAGGCUGGGAAUGUAUUCACCAGAAAAUUAUAUAAUAUAAUAAUAUCAGCAUGCAGUCUCAUUGUCCGUGGUGCCUUCAAGGACCAAAGAGAGCCUUAACGUCUCUGUUACACACAAUGCUCUUCAGGAAUCUGCUACUAUGUAUCCUGAGAUCCGUUGUUAUGGAUACAUAUAUAUAUUUACAUGUCAGAUUAAUGGUGUUAGUAGUUUGUCUACUUCUCUCAGGUCUCCAGAUGAGGAGCAUCCAUCCAGAUGUUUGUCCACGCAGCCAAAGAAUCAUUCAUCUUUCAUAAAGGACACGAUGCCUCAGCGAUUUUACCACUUUGGAUUUUAUACGUAAUGUUUGUGAGAGUUUACGGAGGAAAAGUACGAUUCAGACCUCAAAUGCAUCGUGUUCUGGGUCGAUUAUUAUGGUUUUAUACAAGGCAUAAACAACGUGACACGAAUAAAGUCGUGUUAUCGUCC